GUCUGACUGAUAAUUUGGGAAUAUUGAUCCCAUUUGAAAGAGAUGGCAGUGCUCCUAAUUUUACUGCUGGGGUGUUUACAGCACGUCUCAUUUUUGAUAUUUCAUUUUUCAUAAUUGUUACUACCAUUGGCCUGAAUAUAGUCUUUGGUAUUAUAGUGGAUACUUUCUCUGAGCUGAGAGAAGAAAGAAAUAACAUAGAAACUGAUCAGAAAAGCAAGUGCUUUAUAUGUGAUGUUCCAAGCUAUGAUUUUGAAAGGAGAGCUGAAGGCUUCUCUAAACAUAUUGAAAAUGAUCAUAACAUGUGGAAUUAUGUCUAUUACUCUUUGUACCUUGAUAGUAUUGACAUUGGUGAUCAUAAUGCAAUUCAAAAAUAUGUCUAUGAUUUGAUGCUUAAAAAUAAUACUGGAUUCUUUCCUCAAGAAGAAGCAUGUUGUCUUAUUGAUGAAGAAGAUACAGAUGACAAGAUUGAUGAAUUGGAAGAGAAGGUAGAGGAGAUAUUGCGAUACUUUAGAGAGAAAGAGUAUAAGAAAAGCCUCAGUGUUAAAAGGCAGGAACAAAACAAGUGGGAGGAAGAAGUUCUUAAAGGCCAAUCAAGCUCAUAUACUACUUCUUCUUUUGACCAGCAAUGAACUAAAUUGUUUUGAUACCUAAAUGGCAUCAUUUUUUGAACAUCAGUAGUGUAGUUUUCAGUAGUGUAGUUCUCUUUAUUUGCACUAGAGUGUGUGCAUUGAGGUAGAUUUUAUUAUUAGUUUAGACUUUAGUUAGUUUGUUUUUAGUUUAAUGCUGUCUUAAUUAUUUUCAUUGGUUUUUAUGAAUUUAGAAUUUUAGAUA